UUAGUUUACUGGAAAUGAAAAUUUAAUCAAAUUUAGAAUCUAUUAGCACUCGAUUAUUUUCCAAAUUACCAGUUUAUAUUAUGCUGCCCCAGAUGUUAACAAGAUCGGUUCACAUUUGUCGGACCCGACCCGCAGAAGGAAGUCCGCAUGGCAAAACAUAUUGCAACAACUCGCCAAUGUCGACGUUCCAGAGGCAAUAUGUUAAGGAUAUCGGCAAGCCCAGUGAGCCGGCGGAUAAGAUUUCGGUGAUCGGCACCGGGCAAGUGGGACUUGCGUGCUGUGCGUUUCUGAUCGAUCGACGAUUGGCCCAGCAUUUGGUGAUGGUGGAUUUGCGCAAGGAAUGGGUUGAAGCGGAAGCACUCGAUUUUUUGCACGCCUCCAGCUUGUUGGCAUCGCCCAAAAUCGAAACCUGUUCGGAUGCCAAUUGCACGGCUGGCUCCAAGUACGUAAUCAUAACGGCCGGCACGAGACCAGCCGGCAAAAGUCGUUUAGAUAUUGCCAAGGACACGUUGAAGAUACUGUCGAAGCUGGUGCCCAAAUUGGUGGAAAGUAGUCCGGAUGCGACUUUUGUGAUUAGCUCGAAUCCGGCCGAUGUCAUGACCUGGGCGGUUCGAAGAAUUAGCGGAUUACCCAAGGAGCGUUGCAUAUCGUCCGGUUGUCAUCUGGAUUCGAUGCGUUUUCGUUAUUUGCUCGCCCAGCGUCUGGGCGUGGCUGCGUCCGAGGUAAACGCGUUCAUUGUGGGCGAGCACGGGGAUAGCUCGGUGCCUGUUUGGUCGGGCGUGACGGUCGGCGGCAUUGCAUUGAUGCGCAUUAUUCCAAAUAUCGGCACAGAUCAAGAUCAGGAUAAAUGGCAACAGGUUCACACGGAUGUGGUCAAAGGCGGUAGAGCGGUAUCCAAGGUCAAGGGCUACACAAACUGGGCCGUCUCCUUGGCCGUUGUUGACAUUAUCCAGGCCAUGAUGACGAACAGCGGACGCAUCCUGUCCGUCGGCACCGACGUCCAGGGCCUGAUGGGCGUCGAGGACAGCGUGGUCAUGUCUCUGCCAUGUAUUCUGGGCACUCAUGGCGUACAAAAAGUACUUGAAUUGCCGCUAACUGAAUUUGAAAUGAAUUUGUUUGAGAAAUCUACAGAGGCUCUAUUUGGGGCGCAGUGUGCGCUGAAUCUCUGAAGUUAAUGAACUACAGACUUUCGGUCUAUUGUAUUAUAAUUUUGUCAUCAAUUUCAAUAACACAUAGUAGAAAAAAUCUCCGAA